CCUUAUCCACACACACGUCUUCUGAUUUUGAUAACACCCACAUACCCAAAACCCCCUAAAAACAGACUUAAGAUAAGAUUUGGAGAGAGAAACAGGAGAGAAAGAGGAAGAUGACAGUGGCAUCCUCAAUUCCAUGCAUCAGAAUCCCUAACCCAUCAUCAUCAUGCUCCUCUCCUUCAUCUUCCUCUUCAUCAGCAACCUCCUCCACUUCCUCUUGUUUUAGAUUUUCCACAACUGUAAAGCCUUGUGCUGUGACCAUCAGGAGCUCUCAAGCUGAGGGACCUAUAAGGAGACCUGUGGCUCCUCCUCUUAGAGAACCCUCUCCACCAUCUCCUUCACCUCCUUUGAAGCCUGUCCCUCCUUCUUCACCAUCUUCUACGGUUGUUCCACCACCCAAGCCGGCUGCUCAGGUGGCUUUGGAGGAUAAGAAUGUGAUCACUUUAGAGUUUCAGAGGCAAAAGGGUAAGGAGCUUCAGGAGUAUUUUAAGCAAAAGAAACUUGAGGAGUCAGAUGAGGGUCCUUUCUUUGGAUUCCUUAGCAAGAAUGAGAUUGCAAAUGGGAGAUGGGCAAUGUUUGGUUUUGCUGUUGGGAUGCUAACAGAGUAUGCUACAGGCUCAGACUUUGUUGAUCAAGUAAAGAUCCUUCUCUCCAAUUUCGGGAUAAUUGAUCUAGAAUGAUUCAAAUUCUUCAUCCUCAGCGACAUGGACACUUUUUGACUUCUGUAAUUGCCUUCUUGGUCUUCAAAGCCAUAAAUACCUUUUUAAUUUCUGUAAUUGAUGUAUCGUAUCCACUAUUCUGCAACUCCAUUGGUAAUUGGUUUCCCACAUGCAUCAUCGAUGGAUUAUCAUAAACUGAAUCCUUGCUAUUCACUUGAUUUGCAAGAAUACAUGUUUUUUAAUUUUGGUUA